CAUGGCCCGGCGGCCGGGGGGCGCUCAGCCGCUGGGCGGCCUCCUGCUGCUCGCCCUGCUCGCUGCGGCUGCCGGCGUGGCCCCGCUCAGCUGGGAUCUCCCGGAGCCCCGCGGCCGAGCUGCCAAGAUCCGAGUGCACCCGCGGGGCAACCUCUGGGCCACCGGUCACUUCAUGGGCAAGAAGAGUCUGGAGCCCCCCAGCCCCUUCCCACUGGGGACCGCUCCCCCCACCGCCCUGAGGGCCCAGAGACUGCAGCUGAGUCAUGAUCUGCUCCGGAUCCUCCUGCUAAAGAAAGCUCUGGGCCUGAGCCUCAGCGGCCCAGCGGCCCAGACCCAGUACAGGAGGCUUCCGGCGCAAAUACUGCAGAACUGACGCCAGCAGCAGCUCACCCUAGACUGUGCCGGCCCGGGGGAGGUGGCAGUGCCCCCUGGAUGGACAUGCUGGGCGCCCGUCCGUCAUUGCA